GGGAUGGGUGACCCUCUCUCCAGGACCUGCGGCUGCGUACUCACUCCAGCAGGUGGUCAACAACCCCUAACGCUCGAGGUUUUUAAAAGAGAGGCGUGGUGGCGACGGCGUCUCCCUCACGUGAUAGGGUUUGGACUGCGCAAGCGCGUCACGCUACGCCCCGAGGACUGGGGGUCGGUCAAGGUCUGCGCCUGCGCCGGCUCCUCAGCUCGCCGAUCCGCCGGCCGGCGGCUACCGGGCGUGGAUCCGGGCGCCGGCGGGGAUGGGUGAGUGCGAGAAGAACGCGAGAGGGGAGCACGAGGUUUCCCUCGUCCUCGUGGUGGAGGGCAUGGACGCACGGAGGAGGGUCUGAGGAGGCCGCCCGGCCGGGUCAACGCGCCCCCGCAACGCGGGUUCAGUCCUCCGCUCCCCAGGUUCGCGGCUUCCGGCGUCCACUCCUGAACCCGGGCUUCGCUGGGCCCGGGACGGCGUCUAGCUGCCGGAGCGAGUUUUUCCCGCGCAGAAAAGGAGACUGGGUUUUUCGGGCGCUCCCUGAGCGGGGAGGAGCCGAGCUCCGCUAGCGCCAGGAAAAGGGCGGUGCUGGGACGGCGGGAGGGCUCCCGCCCCCCCCUCCCGGAUCUGGGAUUCGGGACCCAGGGAUUCCGGACCCCAGACUGUUUUGAGCGUCGGAGACGGAAGGGGCAGUCCUGUGUAAUUCCCUCGGCUCCCUGCCCGUCCUCUUCUCACAGAUUGGCCACAUGGACGCCUGCAGAGAGGACAUCCAAUUAUCAAAAUUGGUUCCAGAAGAGAGAACGUAACAGACCAUUAACAAUGGAAGAAAUUGAGAACGUUACCAAAAAGCUACCAUUCCUCAAAACACCAGGCCCAGAUGGUGUACAGUGUGUUCUUUUGGUGUAUUUUCAAAGUGAAGGAUAGGCAGGUGAGGUGAAGCGGAGCGAGUGUGACUAGCAUCAGGCUGACUGAUGAAGAGGCUUUCUCAGUAAUCGGGCGGCAGAUGAGAAGGUUAAAAAGAAUCCUUCAUGAAGAAGAAAGAUCGUAAGCCACAAGCUGCAUGAUGGAUUCAGAAGCUCAUGAAAAGAGGUCUCCCAUCAUAACAUCUUCAAAACAAGAUAUAUCGCCUCAUAUUACAGAUGUUGGUGAAAUGAAACACUAUUUGUGUGGCUGCUGUGCAGCUUUCAACAACGUAACAAUCACGUAUCCCGUUCAGAAGGUCCUCUUUCGGCAACAGCUUUAUGGAAUCAAAACCAGGGACGCAGUGCUUCAGUUGCGGAGGGACGGCUUCCGGAACCUGUACCGCGGCAUCCUCCCCCCGCUGAUGCAGAAGACGACGACACUGGCACUUAUGUUCGGUCUGUAUGAGGAUUUGUCCUGCCUCCUCCGGAGGCACACCAGUGCCCCAGAGGUUGCAACCCGCAGCAUGGCGGCGUUACUUGCGGGGACAACGGAAGCAAUUUUCACCCCGUUUGAAAGAGUUCAAACAUUGCUUCAAGACCACAAGCAUCAUGACAAAUUCACAAACACUUACCAGGCUUUCAAAGCACUGAAGUGCCAUGGAGUUGGAGAGUAUUACCGAGGCUUGACACCUAUUCUUUUCCGCAAUGGCUUCAGCAACGUCCUGUUUUUUGGCCUCCGGGGUCCCAUCAAGGAGCACCUGCCUACUGCUACAACUCACGGCGCUCACUUGGUCACCGAUUUUAUCUGCGGAGGGCUGUUGGGCGCCAUGUUGGGAAUCUUGUUUUUCCCACUUAAUGUUGUAAAAACUCGCAUGCAGUCUCAGAUUGGUGGGGAAUUCCAGUCUUUUCCCAAGGUUUUCAAAAAAAUCUGGUUAGAACGGGACAGGAAACUCACAAAUCUUUUCAGAGGUGCCCAUCUGAAUUACCAUCGGUCCCUCAUCUCUUGGGGCAUAAUCAAUGCGACCUAUGAAUUCUUGUUAAAGGUUAUAUGAAAGAAAUCAUCAGUUAGGUGCCAUUUAUUAACUGACUAGACCUUCAAAGAAGAAAGCAGUUUGGCCUUGUCCUUAAUUGGCCAAAUACCAGUUGGUGUCACAAGUUCAGGGCACAGUGAAUUACAGGCAAAGCUGUUCUCUUUAAGCACCAACAAAUUUGGAAUAAAAUGUUACAAUAGGAAAUUUUAAGGGUUCUGGGGUUUUGGGUUUUGUUUUAAUUAUUACCUGAGAACUUUAGGCUCAUUGCCUUGUUAAGAGCUGUUUAUCUGAUGGAUGGCUUUUGACAAAGAAACUAAUAGCCACGAUGGUCUUGUCCAAAGUCUCCGAACCUUCUGUGUUGAAAUGUCAGUGGCCAUGACCAGCCAGAGGAAAGGCUCUUAGGACCUCUUGAAUUCUCAGGCUUACUUUAUUACUCCAUUUCUUGCUUCUCUGUUCUUAGAAGUUGUAAAGGGUACUCUUCUUUGCUGCACUUAAGCAUAUACACCAGAGGACAAAGGAGCAGGACAGGGAAGAAAAGAGCUUAAUAGUCAUAGGCUUUUUGUGAUAAAUUGCUUGUAUUCAUUUUUGAAACAAAGUACCUGUUGGGGGGUCAUUACCAGACUAUUUCUGCUCAGACGUCGUAGGCUUGAGCAGGCAGUGAAAGGAAAAACCAUUUUGCUUUCUAGGUUUGAAAGUUUUCUGUUUAGUUCUGGAUGUGACCUUAAACCUGUUCAUAAUAUCCUUAUGUUGAUUUCACCUACUUCAUAGCGAACAGAUGGGGAGACUUAAAUUUUGUCAUAAACAUUUCAUCCUAAGUUUUAUAUUAAUUUCAGAUCAAAUUCUCUUUAGUUCAGUUUCUUUUUAUAAGAUGAUAUUUAUUUUUUUAGAGAGAAGGGAAGGGAGGGAGAAAGGGAGAGAAACAUCAAUUUGUUGCCUCUCAUAUGUACCCCAAGUGGGGACCAAACCUGCAUGUGCCCUGACCCGGAACUGAACCGGUGACCUUUCGUUCUGCAGGCCAAUGCCCAACCAAGUGAGUCAAGUGACUCACUGCAGGCCAGUGAGCCACCCUGAUCUGGGGUUCUUUAGCUCAAUAUCUUUGAAGUAUUGUUGGCAACUUACCAAACAUCUUUGGCUGUUUUUUCCCUUUGGAUAGUAGUUUGUCUUAUUCAGGUAUUCCAUUCUCUUGAAACUCCUUUUUAAAAAGAAAAACACUACCAUAAAUUUUUACUUUGGAAGUCUAAGAGAAUCUCAAUAUUUUUUUUCUGGUUUCUGAUUGUUUUGGGGGAACAAAAUCAGGAUAGCAUUCACCUCACAGUGUUUGCCUUUUUUUUUACUCCGGAAAUAGAAACUUCUAUUAGGAUUUUUACAUUUUGGAAACCCAAUUUUACCAUUUUACCAUUAAAAGAGUUUGAGAGGAUAAGAUCUAAAUAGAGAUAUUUGAAGGGUUAAUUUUUAAUUUCUAGAAGUUGGAAAAAUAGCUGGAUAAAUUGAUUACUCAUGCCUCAGCUAGCAAGAACUUGUUUUGUCAAAGGACAUAUUUUAAAAUGUUUUUUCCAGAUAAGGCAAAAUGACUCAUACACCAAUUGAGUAAUUAAUAAAAUACAAAAACACCUAGAAAAGCCGUUUAUCUUUUAAAGCCUACAUACGUAAAUAACAUGAUCAAGAUUGUUCUCCAGCAUCUGACAUAGUAGUUAGGUUUCUUAUUGCUAGUUUUUCAUCAUUCUGGGUAAUUGCAUAUGAGUAUGUGCCCACUGACCAAAAUAAAAUCAGGGUCUCAAUUGGUAGUUUACUCAGUUUCUGGGCAGAUAGUCCAAAAAAAGAUGUUUACCUCUACAUGCAGUACGGCUGGACAAAUAAAAUAAGCAUCCUUCCAACCAAAAGCAUUGGAAAGCGUUCGUUAGACAGUAAAUCAAGCUCAGGAGGUUUACCGCCGCUCUGCUCGCCCGGUGUGCCAGGUGGCAGUUUACUUUAGCAACACAGGUGCAGAUGUAGAGAUUUCAGAACACAGUGUCACCAAAUAAAGGUGAGUAGCCUGUCCAAUGGAGUCAAAUCAGGAUUUGAAGCGGCUCUUUCAAACAUGAGUGACCGUGGCACUGUGGUGCCUGGCCCCUCAUUCGUGUGUGUGUGUGUCCCCGAGUACUCCCGGGCACAUCUAGGUGCUCAGCAUGCGGCAGGCGUGUGAGCCUGGGGUUGAGUCCUGGCCCUGGGAACGGACUCCAAGGGCCUUGUCCCACAGGGCUUCCUCCUCUCUGUACACUCCAUGCAGGUGGUAGAAAUCUAAGUUCUAAAGCACUUUUGUGAAAUACAAGAAGUGAGAAUUCGAAGGCGGAUGCUUUGAUUUCUGCUGUCUCAAAAUAUGUGGCAUUUACAAACAAUAAAUAUUUUUAAUGGUUUCAACUCA